AUGAAGGCCCUUUUACCAUUAAUGUUUCUGGUUUUUGUUAGUUCUCCAGGUUGGGCAAAAGAUAGGCACUAUUGCAUUGGCAUCAAAGAAACUACUUGGAACUAUGUUUCCAUUGGUAAAAAUAUGCUCAAUGCGAAGCCUUUCUCAGAAGAUCAAGAGUUCCAGUCCUAUGCAAAUCUACAAAGAGGCCCAAACAGGAUAGGAUCUGUUUAUAAAAAGGCUUUGUAUUUUCAGUAUACUGAUGAUACAUUUCAAACGAUUGUUGAAAAACCAUCCUGGUUGGGAUUUUUAGGUCCAAUAAUUAAGGCAGAGACUGGAGACUUCAUUUAUGUACAUGUAAAAAAUUUUGCUUCAAGAAUCUAUAGUUUCCAUCCUCAUGGACUCACCUACUCUAAAGAAAAUGAAGGUGCUCUCUAUCCUGAUAAUACUACAGGCCUGCAAAAGGAAGAUGAUCGCCUGGAGCCAGGGGCACAAUAUACUUACAAGUGGUAUGUAGAAGAAAAACAGGGGCCCGGCCCCAAUGACAGUAACUGUGUGACACGGAUUUACCACUCCCAUGUAGACACUCCGAAAGAUGUGGCUUCCGGUCUUAUUGGACCAAUUCUGACUUGUAAAAGAGGCACACUGGAUGGUGACACUGAAAAAAAUAUCGACAGGUCUUUUGUUCUGAUGUUAUCUAUAACUAAUGAAAACAGUAGCUGGUAUAUCGAAGAAAAUAUUCAGACGUAUAUUGAAUCUGGCAAAGUAAAUACUAGUGACCCUGGCUUCGAGGAGAGCAAUCAGAUGCCCUCAAUAAACGGAUACAUGUAUGGAAAUCUGCCCAAUCUCACCAUGUGUGCAGAGGACAGGGUCAAGUGGUAUAUUGUUGGCAUGGGUGGUGUGCUGGACGUACACCCCCUCUAUCUGCAUGGACAAACUCUCAUAUCUCGGAAUCAUAGGAAAGACACCAUCACUGUCUUCCCAGCCUCACUGGAAGAUGCCUUCAUGGUGGCCAAGGGCCCUGGAGUGUGGAAGCUGGGAUGCCAGAUACAUGAGAGUAUGCAGGCCUUUUUCAAUGUAACAAAUUGCCAAAAACCUUCAACAAAAGUUCCUGGGAAGCGUGUUAUACAUUACUAUAUUGCUGCUGAAAAAAUUGUUUGGAACUACGCUCCAUUUGGUAUAAAUUUCUUCACUAGAAAAAAUUUAACAGCUGCCGGAAGUGAAUCCCAGGUAUACUUUGAAAAAAGCCCAACCAGAAUUGGAGGAUCUUACAAUAAAAUAGUUUUCCGUGAAUACACAGAUGCUUCUUUCCGAACACAGAAGGCAAGAGAAAAGCACCUUGGAAUCCUCGGCCCUGUCAUUAAGGCAGAAGUGGGACAGACCAUUAGGAUCACGUUUUAUAACAAUGCUUCCAUGCCACUCAGCAUGCAUCCUCAUGGACUUCGUUACAACAAGAGCAAUGAGGGCUCAUUCUACAGAAUACCUGGAGGAGGUAUCCCUCCACCCUCCUCACAUGUAAAUCCUGGCAUGACAUUGGUCUAUACAUGGGAAGUUCCACCAGAUGUGGGUCCUACCUCCACGGAUCCCAACUGCCUGACUUGGUUAUACUAUUCCUCAGUAAAUAUGACAAUAGACAUCAACACUGGCCUUGUGGGGCCUCUCGUUGUGUGCAGAAAUGGGAGUCUUGGAAAGGACGGCAAACAGAAGGGAAAAGACAAAGAGUUUUACCUGCUUGCCACAACAUUUGAUGAAAAUAAAAGUUAUCUCUUAGAUGAAAAUAUCAGAGACUUCACUACAACGCCUGAAAACGUGGAUAAAGAGGAUCCAGACUUCCAAGACUCUAACCAGAUGAACUCCAUAAAUGGAUACAUGUAUGGAAAUCUGCCUGGACUGGAUAUGUGCUUAGGAGACAACAUUUCAUGGCAUGUUCUUAGUGUGGGAUCAGAAAAAGACUUACACGGAAUAUAUUUUUCAGGAAAUACCUUCACUUCCUUAGGAUCAAGGGAUGACACCAUCCCUCUGUUUCCCCACAUCUCCCAGACAUUAUCUAUGACACCAGAUUCCUUAGGAACUUUUAACGUGGUUUGCAUGACAACAGAGCACUAUGUAGGAGGCAUGAAGCAGAAAUACCACGUGAGGCAGUGUUCGAAGCCAAACCCCGAUCAAACACAGUAUGCGGAAGAGAAAACCAUUUAUAUCGCAGCUGAGGAAAAAGUGUGGGAUUAUUCUCCCAGCAGGAAGUGGGAAAAAGAACGGCAGCGUUUACAAGGAAAAAGAAACCAAACAAACAUAUAUUUGGAUAAAAUUGGGACAUAUCUUGGGUCCAAAUAUAAGAAAGUCAUAUACCAUCAGUAUGAUGAUAUCACAUUUACGAAUCAAACAAAAAGAAAUGAAGAUGAAAAACAUCUGGAUAUACUAGGUCCUAUAAUAUUUCUAACUCCUGGUCAAAAACUUCGAGUUAUCUUUAAAAAUAAAGCCUCAAGACCAUAUUCAAUUCAUGCUCAUGGAGUGAAAACAAACUAUUCCACUGUUGCUCCAACACAGCCAGGAGAGAUCCAAACAUACGUUUGGCAGAUUCCUGAAAGAGCUGGUCCUGCAUCAGAAGACUUUGAGUGCAUACCUUGGUUUUAUUUUUCAACUGUGGAUGUGAUAAAGGAUCUUAACAGCGGACUAGUAGGCCCUUUGAUAGUAUGUCACAAAAACGCCAAAGCCAACUUAGUUCACCGUGUUCUCCACUUCAUGAUUUUUGAUGAGAACAGAUCCUGGUACUUUGAAGAAAAUGUCAAUACCUAUUCUUCAGAACCGAACCAAGUAGACAGGAAUGAUGACAAUUUUUAUCUCAGCAACCAAAUGCACGCAAUUAAUGGAAGGAUGUAUGGAAACAACCAAGGUCUGACGUUCCACGUUGGGGAUGAAGUGAAUUGGUAUCUGAUUGGCAUGGGGAGUGUAUUUGACCUGCACACGGUUCACUUUCAUGGCCACAGCUAUGAGUACACGGAUGUGGGACUGUAUCGCUCUGAUGUUUAUGACCUUCCUCCUGGAGUAUAUCAGACUGUAAAGAUGUAUCCGAGAGAUGUUGGAACCUGGUUAUUUCAUUGCCAUGUUAGUGAGCACAUUGAGGGCGGAAUGGAAACCACUUAUACUGUAAUCAGAUGAAAAGCAUAAAUAUCUUUCUGAUAUGAAGAUAAGUCCAUGAGCACAGCUAAAGUGGCUGAAGAAGAAAUAUUAGGGAUGAAGGAAUCUAGAAGGGUCUGACUGAAGACUUUCAUGGCAAUCUACUAGGAAAACU